UACCUUCACUUCCUCGAUCUCCGGCUAUUACCCGAUACUACUACAGUCACGGAGCGGGCGCGGCUGCGCGCUGUAUAAAAUCAGAGAUUAGGGGGUAAAACAAAUAUUGUGGCAAACGAAACUUUUCGGACGUCAGAAUCGUUGGCAGCAUUGCGAUGUCAACCGUGAAAUUAUUAUAUGAAAAUUAUACGACGUUUAGGUCGACACCAUCAAGCAACAACAGCUGUUAACCAGGCGCUCAACCAACGUUGUCAUUGGAAUCUACGCCACCAUUUACUCUCUGGAUAUAAUGUCCCACGAUAAAAUAAAAACAAUUCUUCCACCCCGCAUGGAUAUUCGCCCCAACAAUUCGUAUCGACCCUGGCUCCCAAAUCCAACGCACCUUUUCAAUUUGGCUGGGGACUUGGUAAAUGACUUACCUAAACCAGUUUGCUGGGAGUGGGAUGUUCACGACGUGGCGAAAUGGUUGAGAAAAGAAGUUGGCCUCCCGGAAUAUAAAAAUUGUUUCAUCAAAAAUUUCAUCAAUGGACGCCGUUUGCUACGCGUCGAUGCCUCCGUCUGUCCAAUGAUAGGAAUCCAGGAUCUAAGUCACACAAAGCGAAUCACAUCGUCCAUUCGAAAACUCUUUAACGUGGAGUUGGAGGAUCCUGAAAGGAGCAUAAGCCUGCCUCCUCGUUACCCUCUCACCCAUUUUCUGCUAUUUAGAGUACCGACUGGACCGAUCAGAGAGAAUACAACACGUGUUGAGCUAUUCAGAAAAAUGGGGAUACUUAACGCCGAAGAACCAUGCCCCUUUGGGCACUGGGAAAUGAUAGUACCAACUCAGCCAGACUUUCCUGCGAACAAAUUCGGCCUGACUAAAAGAAAAACUGUUUAUAUUCGCGAUGAACAUCCCAGGCAGCCCAGAGGACACUCGUAUCUGAAGGAGUCAAAACUCAAGAAAAACUACUUUUUGAGAAUUGAUCUGAAGUAGCAUGAUAUUUGUGCUCUUUAAAUAAUUUUCAAGUUUUCGAUAAAGAUUCAUAAACCCCA